CCUCCACCCUGUCUGUACUGCCCAUGAGCUCACAGUCGCCCGUCGAGCACCGCCCAUCCCCAACGUCUCAGGACGCGUCUCCAGGGGAGAACAACACCGACGUCGCGAAUCUCACUCACAAGGAAUCUGUUCCGGCUGGCGAAAAGCGUGUACCUCUAGCAUGCCAUAGGUGUAGAAUCAAGCGUGCGAGAUGUUCUGGAGAACGUCCGGUCUGUCGUACCUGUGCUAAAGUUGGUGAAGAAUGUACUUGGCCUAGUGGUAGACGGCGGAAACGAACUCGGAAGGAAAUGGAGGAAGAGGAACGUAGACAGAAGGAAAGGGAUCAGAUGACAGUGAAGGACGGAAAGAUUUCAGAGGAUCCAAAGGACAUGAAUCGGGAUGCAAUGUCGCCUUCACUUGCUUGGGCAAACAUAGAUCAAACUAUGAGUGCAGCUAAUAUGUGGGAUUUCCCCACGCCCGUGUCGUCGUCGUCGUAUAUAUGGCCUACACCAGGUCCUUCUGCCAUGAGCCAGACACCUACGACACCGAUUAUUCCAUUCCCGCAGCUCAGUGGCCAGCCAGAAAAACAGACUGUCAAUCUCGUGCGCGCUCUCGAAUCCCAAGUUGCUUACAUUGAUGGAGAUCCCACGAAUUCUGACGGACUGGAACUGUAUUAUUAUCGUUUUUCUGGAUCUACCGCAAUCCAUCCAGGCAUUAACCGGAUCUCAUUAAAACUUCAGCCAAAAGCCGCUGGGUCAAGCGCCAGUGCGCCAGUGCCUGGUUCCCAAUCUAAGCCUGGCCCGCCAGAACCGCCAGAGCAAGUGUUCGACGAUGCCGGACUACCAUUGCCGCAUAUUCGAUUACCUCUACUCGAUACAUUUUUCAGCACCAUGAGCCCGUAUUUUCCCAGUGUAAAUCGGAAAAGGAUGGAAUUAAGACUGGAGACAGGCACAAUGUCGGCGUUCUUGUUGAAUUGUAUAUGUGCUGUCAGUGCCAGAUUUCACCCAUCGGGGACUCAGUCUCCUGCAAAGGCUUGUGCUCCUUUCAUAACGAAAGCGCAAGAGCUCAUCAUCCCCCUUCUUCAUCUACCGACAACGGACGUAGUAACGGGUCUGCUACUUCUCUCUUGGGCAAAUUUUGGGCAGAACUCGGAGAGCGGAUUAUGGCAAUAUUCUGGUAUAGCAAUUCGAAUGGCCUUGGACCUAGGAUUGCAUGAGAUAUCUGAAAUAUACGAAUCCCUGGCACAUGUCGUCCGGACGCGUUUACUGUUCUGGAACCUCUUCAUAACGGACAGAAUACUCGCUUUUUCCACUGGGCGGCCACCUUCGAUAUCUGAAGAAAUAAUUGAGAUUCCCCUACCAACUGACGAAGACUUCUUCCCAGAUCCUGCUUCGUGCAUGGGCGAUCCUCAUGAGGAAAUACAGCCAAUUCCAUUCCAGCAUUGGGUCAGACUGAUGGUUCUGUGCGGGCGAAUAGCAAACGUAUUGAACGGCCGCCGAGGGAGAUUGCGGACUCUAGUGGGCCCAAGUGAACCAAGCGUAGAUCUGCUGAGUGGGCUCCAGGGGCAACUCGUGCAGUUUUACGCAGAUCUUCCGGGGGAAAUGAAGUGGAGCGUAGAGAAUUUUAGGAAACAGGAAGCCCGAAACCACGGGGGGCCGUAUUUGACGCUGCAUCUUUGGGCCAAUGCAGUCAUGACAUUGGUGUACCAUCCGGAGCUGCUUACGAGUCCAUCAGGAAUGGAGACACCUUUGUCACAAAAUAUGGAUCGGUCAAUUAAGUUGUCUAUGUCGAGCGCGAGGACUAUCAGCGAAUGCUUGGUCUUUGCCGAUCUAUUCGCAUCUCAGUCCUACCUUUCAAGUCCGUUUACGGUCCAGCCCAUAUAUGUUGCUUGCUUGGCAUUCAUCCAUGACUUGAGAAUAAGCAGUAUGAUGGAACUCACCCAAAAACCUCCUACGGCUGAGUUACUAUUGACGUCGCUGGCGCGCCAGAACCUAUCUGCUCUUAUCAAAGCUAUUCAGCACAUGGAGCACUACUGGGCAGGGAUAUCAUAUGUCUCAGGGAUUUUGGAUAGUAAGACGGUCGGCCUAGCACAUGUGAGGGUCGAUCCGUCUAAGAAAACUUUUAUAUCUCUCCCCGAUAAAGGCCUACUAAGGAGGUUUACUACAUCGGACUUGAAAUUGGCUCCACCCACAGAAACAUCGUUAUGGGCUUCCAUGGCGAAGGAGGCCGCCGAAGCAAGUACAUGCUCGUUGGAAGACCUGUUGAGGACAUACUCCGUCGAGGGUUUCUAUGUCCAACCGGCAGAUUCGUUUGACUUGCAGAGCCUGUUGGGUUCUGGUAUCGGUACUAGCGGGAGAGCUGGGAGUGAGACGAGCUCCGCGUAGGAGGCGGUAACCGGUUGCGUCGCAUUUGCAUUAUUUAUCGGAUAUCUAAUGGUCGUUUAUGUAGGAGGCGUCUUGGGAUCCACACAAAAAUUUCAGGUGUAUCGGUGCAGCUCUGGCUAACUAGUAACAGGGACAAGGUUGUCCAUGUUGUAAUCUGAG